AUGCCACCCAGUGGCUACCUUUAUGCAGGCAUGCAUCGCCGCAAAGCUGCCUUGACCAUGAUCUUCCAAUCUCUGUUCUGCGCCUCUGCAUGCGGCAUUCAAUUCUGGAUCUACGGGUACUCACUGUAUCAAUCGCACACGACCAACCCGAUGCUCGGCAAUGUUAGCCUGGCGGGUCUGCACAACGUGCUCGCCCAGCCGUCGCUCGCCAACUCGGACAUUCCCGACCUUCUGUACGCAUGCUUCGGAUUCACGUUCGUCACCGCGACGGCCAUGAUCUUGGCGGGUGCCAUGCUUGAGCGUGGUCGCCUCUGGCCAUCCAUGCUUUUCCUUCUGUGCUGGACGACGUUCGUCUACUACAUCCUCGCGUAUUUUGAGUGGAAUCCCAACGGCUGGCUAUAUCAGCUUGGCGUCUAUGAUUUCGCUGGCUCGGGUCCCGUGCACAUCGCCAGCGGCUUCAGUGCUCUGGCGUGGAGCCUGAUGCUCGGUCCUAGGCUAAGCGACCAUUCUGCCGGUGAGAGGCAGAAGAUCAUCCAUUUCAAGCCGCACAAUCCAUUCCUCGUGGGCAUUGGCACCUGUUUCAUUUGGUUCGGCUGGUUUGCGUUCAACGGCGCCAGCACGGCCAACCUAUCCAUGCGAUCCAUCUACGUCGUCAUCAACACCAACCUGGCCGCCUGUGGAGGCGGUAUCGGCUGGACCCUCCUCGAAUACUUCUACACCAAGAAGUUCAGCAUCAUCGGCUUCUGCUCUGGCAUCAUUUCUGGGCUCGUGGGAAUCACUCCUGCCGCCGGUUUCGUGCCCGUCUACGUCGCCGCCCUCGUCGGCCUCCUCACGUCCAUCUGCUGCUUCUACACCAACAAGUACAAAUACCUCAUCUCGAUUGACGAGGGCCUCGACAUCUUCGCGCUCCACGGCGUCGGCGGCUUCGUGGGGGACAUCCUCACGGGCUUCUUCGCCGCCAGCUGGGUUCCGGCCCUGGACGGCGUCUCCGGCACGACCUACGCCGGCGGCUGGUGGGAACACAACUGGAUCCAGCUCGGCUACCAGCUCGCCGCGGCGACGACGUGCGCGGCGUGGAGCUUCGUCGUCAGCUGCAUUUUACUGUUCAUCAUCAACAAGAUCCCCGGCUGCCAUUUGCGCGUCAACGAGGAGGACGAGCAGAAGGGCCUGGACUUCAAGUACCUGAGCGAUGCGCCGUGGGAGGAUUUUGAGCGCGGCGGUGGUAGCUUCGGCGGGUUUGUGCCCCAUGGCGUGCACCAGGGCGUGCCCUUCUCCGGGUCCGGCCCCGGCAGCGAGAGUGGGAGUGGGAGUGCAAGUCCCGAGCGCGAGGGUGUUGCGCCGAAGAAGCAGGAGUAG